GAAGAUAUGAUGUUCGAUGCAUUCAUCAGCUGCUCCUAUGAAGAUCGCCAGUUUGCAAAUUCAUUGAUUAAAACGUUGGAAAGCAGGGGAUAUUGCAUCUGCUACCACGAAAAAGAUUUCGUAGGAGGUGUUCCGAUAGCAGCGAACAUUCAACACGCUGUUCUUUCAAGCAAGAGAACCAUUUGUUUGCUGUCUAAGCACUUUUUUGCUAGCCCCUACUGCAUGUUCGAGUUCCAGAUGGCUCUUGAUAGAAACAUUCGUGUCAAAAAGAACAGGUUAGUU